UAAUAUUUGUGUACAGACAUAAAUCUCUUAUGUUUGUUUGAGGAACAUAAAUACAUUCAACAAUCAUACCGACUAUAUCAAAGUGUUUUAAAUAUUUAUAACGUUUACAAAUCAAGAAUAGAAUGACGUUAAUUAAAAAUCAAUUUCUUUGACUCGUCCAAUGCGAUAACCAUUUAACGUCGAUUAAUCAUUACGUACCCGACUUGACGCCGUAACGUUUGUUGUAAUCACCAAUCGUCGAGCUACUCGAAUAAAAAACAAUUACGUUUUCGAUACAUUCUCCCUUCGACCUUCUCUCGACGAUUAAUUAAACAUCUUUGUAUCGUAAAAAUAUCACUGAUAGGAUUAUUUCUAUUUUUUUUUUCUUUUUUUUUUGGUCUCGAUAUGUGAUAAAUUGUAACAGUUGCUAUUAUAAUUACGUUAAUCGUAACAGUUACUAUUUAUAAUUACCAGACGACCUCGUGCACCAGACAUUACCGGAUCUACGCACAGGCAAGCCUAGACAAUUACCUAAGGACGUUAUAAAAACACAAUUAUAUAAACUAUUCCUUCUUCUCGACUUUUAUGAGGAUUUUUAAAGAGAAAGAAAAUCGUGGUACACUACUCCAUCGUAUUUGACAUUUUUUCAAUGUGGGACGCAAGUGAAAAGAUACAUUUCGAUAAAUUUAUAGUUACCGAAGCGGGGUAAUCAUAUUUAAAUUGAUCGAUGGUUUCCAAACAACUGGGGAGAUGAUAUACUUAAAUUUUACUUUGAUUAAAGUACCAACGUACGGUUAGGGCAUUCUAGCUAUUAAUUCUUUCAGUUUCAGCUUCGACUGAUUACCAUUUCUGUCGUAGUACACCUCACGGAUGAUUUUCAUUCGUAACUCGUUCUUUUCGAGCGCAUCUACAAAGGUGAUACUACAGGGGGUGUUGUGUGCUCCCGUUGCGGGGGUGAUACACUGUUCUAUUGUAAACCUCGUUAUCUGACAAGUUACGAACAUCGAGUAUUUUGUUUUUAAUGAGUUAAGAUAAUGUUUUAACUGUCGACUAUUUUACACGGGAAAACUCGAACGUUUUCCGCCAAUCGAGGCGCUGCGCGUCGCUCCGGAAAGGCGCGUCAAGCCGCGCACGAAUCGGACAAAACCUGGGUAUUUCCCUCCCGAACACUGUAGCGGGAGGAUCGCGCUUGGAGGGAGGAGGUUUCACUCUCCCAUGCCACUCUCACUGUGCACUCGCAUUUGCUUCCAUUCUCCCGAUAUAUACCGAGGGAGACGCGACGUUCUGCUGGUCAGUCGCUUAAACUUGCUUUUCGGGUGUCGUGUCAUUGCGGCGCAACCUACGAUCACUGUUUCUAGAUAAGGAGAUCACAAGGAAAAAAAGAAACAAGAAUAAUCAUCCGGAGAGUAGAGAGGCUGAAGGAACGAAACAGCGCGAGACAAAGCGACCGAGCGGAGUCUGGAUCGGAGGCGAAGAGGCGCGCCGCAGUCAGUCAUGAACGGGAUCUCCAGUCAAUGUGGGAAAAUCAAGGACCAGAGCAGGUAUGAUGGCAAGGACGAGCGAUCGAUGAUGAUCAAGAAACCCGGACCGCUAAGGACCGUUUCCUGGUCGGAGAACGUCGAGGAGAGCAACCUGGAUGUGCCUGGAACACCCAGGACACCUCGAACUUCCACCACGCCAGGUCAUGAAAAAUGCACGUUCCACCACGAUUUGGAGCUGGACCAUAGGCCACCCACGCGCGAGGCGUUACUUCCGGAAAUGUCACGGAGCUACAAGCUACUCUUAAGUUCCCUAGGCGAGGAUCCCGAUCGACAAGGCCUUCUGAAGACGCCAGAACGCGCUGCCAAGGCUAUGCUAUUCUUCACGAAGGGUUACGAUCAGAGUAUCGAUGACGUGAUAAACGACGCCGUGUUCGACGAGGACCACGACGAGAUGGUCGUGGUGAAGGACAUCGAAAUGUUCUCCAUGUGCGAGCACCAUUUGGUGCCGUUUUACGGAAAAGUCUCGAUCGGUUACCUGCCCUGCAAGAAGAUCCUCGGUCUGAGCAAGUUGGCCAGAAUCGUGGAGAUCUUCAGCCGGCGUCUUCAGGUUCAAGAGCGGCUCACCAAACAAAUCGCAGUGGCGGUGACCAAAGCUGUGCAGCCAGCAGGAGUUGCAGUGGUUGUCGAGGGAGUGCACAUGUGCAUGGUGAUGAGGGGCGUGCAGAAGAUAAACAGCAAGACGGUGACGUCGACGAUGUUGGGUGUGUUCCGGGACGACCCGAAGACUCGCGAAGAAUUCCUCAACUUGGUCCACAACAAGUAAACCACCUGUUCGUACCUUCUCCCUCCAGCAAUGUCCGUUGUUAUCAUUGGCCAAGGGACCACGUAACCGCGGGGGCCCACGACACGAUUCAAGCGUUUCGCCCCACUGCUACCUCAUCGCAAAAAAGAAAGAAGCAUCCAAAAAGAAGUCGAUCUCGAUGGCGCGCUUUCAUUUGUAACGCCCGGUCCACGUCGGAGCGUUGCAAAUGGAGAAAAACGUGACCGUAGUCCGAUGACUCGCGUGAGCAGCAUAGCCCUGCGAAUUGUCGCGACGGAACAGGUUAUCAAGGUUGGACGACGUUGUCUAAGACGUGUCUUGCACGGGACGCUCUUAAACUGCUGAUCGAAUGACACAGAGACAAUAUGGUAGUUAAUUGCAGAAACUAUACGCGAGUUCUGCGAACAAUGGUAACGCUCUUCGCAAAAAGAAGCGAAAAAGGGGCACUUUUUCCCAUCGGAGUGGUCAGAACUUGCGGAUCGUUUCGCAAACACGCGAGUAGACGACGCACGACGCCUGAGAAAGAGGAGGAUAAUACUUGUUGAAGGUAUCCUUGAAACAGGAAUGGACAGAAUGUAUUUUCUGUAUGAGUAUACUAAUUGUUUACUGGUCAGAUUCGAGUAGAUGCAAUUGUAGAGGAGUACUGUGCAGAGGUGAGAAAUUGGCUAGUGGGUUUGAUUGGUACCAGAGUAAUCUAUUAGGUUGUCCCGAAAGUUUCUUUCGCGAGUUGCACUCAAUUAUUUGAUGUGGUCGUGUUUAUGUAAAUAGACAAUCUAAUUUCAUACAUAUUUAUGUUGUAACAGUAAUGGAGCAAAAUGAAUCGUGCACAAUUCAGUAAUGUAACAUAAAACAUAAACUAUUGUGCAUGUAUUAUUUAUUAAUAAAGCGAAAGAAACUUUUGGGACAACCUAAUAUAACAGUAUAAUCUAGGAGAUACCAAUCUAGUAUAAUCUAGAGAUUACCAAUCGGACACGGUAGCCAACUUCUCAUCUCUGCACAAUACAGUACAUCAUGUCACUCGUCUCCUGUCCCAAAAAUCGGAUACACAUAUCCCCCCUUUUUCGACAAGUCUCUCAACUACAAAAUCGUUCCAAAGUGUCCAUUCCUGAUUCCAAAAAUAUAUUGAUAACAUUACCCUGCUGCUGGACCAGCUAUAACUAUUACCAUACAAUCGUUGUGCUUUACGAAUUCUAUUCGCAAUGUUAUCAAUACAUUCAAGGAAUGCCGAACAUGCUCGAGACGUCUUUCGUCAGGCGUACUGCGUUGUUGUUAACGAAGCGAGGAAAAAAAUUAGAAAAUUCUCCAGUGAAGUUUCUGGACCGAUAUCGAACUAUCGCCAGGGCACUUUCAGUAAACAAACUCUCGCGACAAUACGUAUUUUAGAUUCUGAACUGUACAAUGAUCCCUACUGAAGAGUGUUCGUCCCGACUUGUCGUACCGAUCCAGAAACUACGUCCUAUAUUUUAGUUGUGGAAACGAUUGCUCAUUCUAAAAACAAACGAUAACGCUUCCGAUCUCGUUAACGUUUCUCGCUUGUAAAACGUCCCAGCCAUACGUUUUUACAACGCGGAAAUACUUGGAACUUCGGUGUCUUUAUUAUUUCGGUACUCAUUACUAUUUCUUCUCACUUUUGUAAUCGCAAGCGAUCUUAAUGAAAGACCGAGACGAAUUUUGAUUUAUCGAUCCUUCGCGGUCCAGAUUCUCUGUCUUGAGUACAUGUUUGUGGAGUCUUAGUCCACUUAAGACCGCAAGGGGUUAACGUGAAAGUAACAGGUCUGACGCACGAUGUUCCAGCCAUACAUUGUGCGUCGCAAAGCGUCUUAGAAUUAUAAACAGAGGUGGGCAAAAUUUAAUUUGAAUAAAAGAUGGGCGAUUCGUCCAAUAAAAUAAAGUCUUAUUCGUUCAACGUCAAGAUAUAGGUCGAUUGCACGAUUUAUUGUGUUAUUCGUAUUGCACGAAAGCUGUCUACCUUUUAUUCGUAAUUGGAAAUUUGGUCCACCUAUGCUCUGAAAGUAACAAAACCUGGAUCUUAAUUUAUGUAAGUUCAUCCUAUCCGUAUGAAUUCCGCAAAUAUUUUUAUCGAAUGGUAACGUGCAUGAAACAAACGACAGGUUCGUGUCUGUAUUGUAAACGCUUCGUACCAUAAAGGUUUGGUCUCGUGUAUUUUUCGUUUUCUGUAACCGUUCAGUGUUUACUGCGUUGAAAUGCAGCUACGCUUCUAAAUCUUUGGGAGAAUAAUCUCAGUACUUAAGGAGGUGUUACGUAUCUUAAUUUUAAUGUUUGUCUACCUAUAUGUCGCUCAUUGACUGAUUGAGUCGUAGUCUCGCUCUAUAUAUUCGCUCGUUGCAGAUCGAAUGAGGAGAUCAGUGAACGCGAUAUACGUUGCAAGGGGUUUAAGGUAUUAUUUCGAGCGCUGUUUAAAAAAUAACUUAUAAUUUCGUGGCGCGCACGUUGAGCUUUCGUGAAACGUAACAGGUACAGGUAUACAGACGCGUCGACGUCGCGUGCAAACUUCGAACCAAACUUGGGCACCUUUAAGCAAUAAUUUGUUGAAGUAAUGUUUCGCUAGUAUUAUUUCAUGGUUGUUCCAUUUCUUUUUUUUCUUUUUUUGUUUAACAUAUUUUCAUUAUCUUAUUUUGUGAGGUGACUUUGAAAACUUUGCACUUAUAAUGGUGGAAUGCUGAAAUAUUUUUGGAGCGAUGUACCCCAUGGGAAAUGUUUUUAACGAUGAUUUAAAAAGAGAAAGAAGUUAGUAGAAUAAAACUACUUGGUUUUCUGUCUCAAGUAAAUCUUGAAGUGUUAUUUCAAAUGGUUAUUUUUUUAUUUUAACUUCGGUCGAAGUUUGUCCAGGUCUGGUUCAGACGAUGUCACGCGACCUUUGGUGUAGCGUUCGAUUCUAUUUUGUAACAUUAAACAAUGAAACGAAAUCUUAAUGUUAUUUAUGAGAAUGAAUGUUUAAUAUUUAUAAUAUUUUUCUGACGAUGUUAUAUAAAGUUAUAUUUAUACUUUCA